AUGGAGGUUUCUACCGUGACAGAGUAUGACAUCACCUCCUCCUCGCACACCUCCUCGCCGCUCCUCCUUGGCCUCUGCCCUUUCUCUUUCUCCUUCUCGCUGACCUACUCGCUCUCUUCCUCGCUCUCCUCCUUGCUUUCCUCCUCACUGUCCUCCUCGCUCACCUCCACGUUCGACUCCUCUCUCACCUCCUUGCUCUGCGUCUCGCUCACCUCCUCACUCCCCGCCUCCUGGAUCACCUCCUCACUCUCCUCCUACCCCACUCCUAGUUCACCUUCUUGCUCUCCUCUUCGCUUACCUCCUCGCUCCCCUCCUCGCUCAGCUCCUCUCUCACCUGCUCCCUCACGUCCUCUCUUUCCUCCUCGCUCACCUCUUUCCCCACACAUCAGUAAGCUCCUCCCUCUCCUUCUUGCUCACCUCCUUGGCCUCAGCCCUUUCUCUCUUUCCUCCUCGCUCAGUUCCUCGCUCAAGUCCUCACUCACCUCCUCCACGCUCUCCUCCUUGCCACUCCUCCUUGGCUUCGGUCCUCUCUCUCUCUCCUCCUCACUCUCCUCCUCGCCCACCUCCUGGCUCGCCUUCUCCUCCCUUACACUCCAUGGCCUCAGUCCUCUCUCUCUCUCUCCUCCUCUCGCUGCUCCUCACUCCUCCAUGCCCUCAGCUCUCUCUCGCUCUCCUCCUCGCUCCUCCAUGGCCUCAGUCCUCUCUCUCUCUCCUCCUCCCUCUCCUCCUUUCUCCUCCAUGACCUCAGUCCUCUCUCUCUCUCCUCCUCCCUCUCCUCCUCGCUCCUCCAUGGCCUCAGUCCUCUCUCUCUCUCCUCCUCCCUCUCCUCCUCGCUCCUCCAUGGCCUCAGUCUUCUCUCUCUCUCCUCCUCUCUCUCCUCCUCGCUCCUCCAUGGCCUCAGUCUUCUCUCUCUCUCCUCCUUCCUCUCUUCCUCGCUCCUCCAUGGCCUCAGUCCUCUCUCUCUCUCUCGCUCUCCUCCUCCCUCUCCUCCUCGCUCCUCCAUGGCCUCAGUCCUCUCUCUCUCUCUCCUCUCUCUCCUCCUCCCUCUCCUCCUCGCUCCUCCAUGGCCUCAGUCUUCUCUCUCUCUCUCUCUCCUCCUCCCUCUCCUCCUCGCUCCUCCAUGGCCUCAGUCCUCUCUCGCUCUCCUCCUCCCCUCUCCUCCUCGCUCCUCCAUGGCCUCAGUCUUCUCUCUCUCUCCUCCUUCCUCUCUUCCUCGCUCCUCCAUGGCCUCAGUCCUCUCUCUCUCUCUCUCUCUCUCUCUCUCCUCCUCCCUCUCCUCCUCGCUCCUCCAUGGCCUCAGUCUUCUCUCUCUCUCCUCCUUCCUCUCUCCUCGCUCCUCCAUGGCCUCAGUCCUCCUCUCUCUCUCUCUCUCUCUCUCUCUCCUCCUCCCUCUCCUCCUCGCUCCUCCAUGGCCUCAGUCCUCUCUCUCUCUCCUCCUCCUCUCCUCCUCGCUCCUCCAUGGCCUCAGUCUUCUCUCUCUCUCCUCCCUCCCUCUCCUCCUCGCUCCUCCAUGGCCUCAGUCUUCUCUCUCUCUCCUCCUCUCUCUCCUCCUCGCUCCUCCAUGGCCUCAGUCUUCGCUCUCUCCUCCUUCCUCUCUUCCUCGCUCCUCCAUGGCCUCAGUCCUCUCUCUCUCUCUCUCCCCUCCUCCUCUCCUCCUCGCUCCUCCAUGGCCUCAGUCCUCUCUCUCUCUCUCUCUCCUCCUCCCUCUCCUCCUCCUCUCUCUCCAUGGCCUCAGUCCUCUCUCUCUCUCCUCCUCUCUCUCCUCCCUCUCCUCCUCGCUCCUCCAUGGCCUCAGUCUUCUCUCUCUCUCCUCUCUCUCUCUCUCCUCGCUCCUCCAUGGCCUCAGUCUUCUCUCUCUCUCCUCCUUCCUCUCUUCCUCGCUCCUCCAUGGCCUCAGUCCUCUCUCUCUCUCUCUCUCUCCUCCUCCCUCUCCUCCUCGCUCCUCCAUGGCCUCAGUCCUCUCUCUCUCCUCCUCUCUCUCCUCCUCCCUCUCCUCCUCGCUCCUCCAUGGCCUCAGUCUUCUCUCUCUCUCCUCCUCCCUCUCCUCCUCGCUCCUCCAUGGCCUCAGUCCUCUCUCUCUCUCCUCCUCUCUCUCUCCUCCCUCUCCUCCUCGCUCCUCCAUGGCCUCAGUCUUCUCUCUCUCUCUCUCUCUCUCCUUCCUCUCUUCCUCGCUCCUCCAUGGCCUCAGUCCUCUCUCUCUCUCCGCUCUCUCCCCUCCUCUCUCCUCGCUCCUCCAUGGCCUCAGUCUCUCCUCUCCUCUCCCUCUCCUUCUCGCUCCUCCAUGGCCUCAGUCUUCUCUCUCUCUCUCCUCCUCCGGCGGUCGCUCCUCUCUGGGGGGUUAAGGUCGGUCUGAUCCUCUCCUUUGUGAAUCUCGGGGAGCCCCCCACUGGGCCGCGUGGGUGGGGCUCACACAUGACUGCGUCUGCGGAGGAUCCAGGCCUGAUCCCUGCCUCUGUCGGCUCCGGAGGUGGGCUCUUCAGGAAGGAAGGGUGGAGGGGGGGUCUCUGUCUCCCCUCUCUGUCUCCCCCCUUAGGUGAGACUAAAGAGUGA